AUGUACCCAUCCUCUAUGCACCACAUAGAGUCUUCUGAAGGAAAACGAGGCCAAACUAAGCACCUUCCUCCCAUCAUCGUCAUCAUCUUCUUCAGCCUCACACAAACAAGCAACGAGGGGAACCAGUGUGUGCAAACCACCAUUUUAGAGCCUGAUGAUGAUUUGGAGCUCAUGGAAAGAAUCAAGAAAGACAGAAAGAAGCGGAUUGAAAAACAAACCGUACUUAAUUCAACCAAAGACAGAGAAUAUUUACAAGAUGUUAUUUACAAGCUUAGCAAAGUAGGCCAAGCCAUCGAGAACAACGAUCUCCCGUCUGCUGGUUCAGUCCUUGGUCAAACCCCUGAUGCAGACUGGCUCAAGAUGGCCAAUGAAGCCCUCUCAAAGUUGAGUUCGAGCCCUGAGGAGAUGUCUGAGGUGGAUGCAUUCAACUCGUCGUUGACAUCUUUGUAUACAUCAGUAACAAAGAAUGACAUAGAAGCAUCGAAAUCAGCUUUUGUGGACUCCGCAAGUGCAUUUGAGAAGUGGACAACAUUGACUGGUUUGGUUGGACAGCUAAAAGGCCUUUGAGCAAAUUUAGGCUCCUUCCAUUUUUUUUUUUUUUUUUUUUUUUUCUAAUUUU